CUUCGCCCGUCAUCGUCGCGAACGCCGCGCGCGCGCCGAGCGACCAUGCACGGCGUGUUCGACGCGCUCAAGGACGUCUUGCGCGUCGGGUACGACGCGUCAAAGACGAAAACGGCCCUGCGAUUGGCGCUCGGGCGCUUGAAACUGCUUCGUAAUAAACGCGAGAGCGCGCGACGCGCGAUCGAGACCGAGGUGGGAGAGAUGCUGAAACAGAGUCGAGGGUUCGGGUACGACGCGGCGCGCAUCCGAUGCGAGACGGUGUGCCGAGAGGAUGCGACGCUGAAGGGAUAUGAGAUUCUGGAAUUGACGCUGGAGACGCUGCUCGCGCGUCUGCCGGCGGUGAGCGCGUCGAAAGCGGUGCCGGAAGAACUGCGCGAAGCGAUCGCGACGGUUAUUUACGCCGCAAAACGCGCGGGGACGGAGGUUCCGGAGUUGGAGACACUAAAGAAGCAGUUUGGACGCAAGUACGGACGUGAAUACGUCGCGGCGUGCGAAGGCGAAGGCACGGCGAGUGCGUGCGGAGCGAAUGCGACGGUGCUGGAGAGCCUGAAGGUGAAGACCGUGGACGAUAAUACGGUGCAGAGGCGAUUAGAGGCGAUUGCGGCGAAAAAUGACGUCGUGAUGGAGACGCCGAUCGCGAUCGGGGAAGAGGUAGCGAUGCCCGCUUCGGAAUCGAACGCGGCGUACGCGAGCGCGGCGCGGGCGGCAGCGGCGGCUGAAGCGGCGGCGCAACGCGCAGAAGCGGCGGCAGCGAUAGUAGCGAGCGCAUCACUGCAUGCGCCGAGCGAUGAUGCGACGAAAGAAUUGAGCGACGCCGACGUCGAAGCCGUCAUCGACGAAGUGCUCGCGAUGCCAGACUUGACGGUUGAAGACGCCACUGCGAAGCCCAGCGCGCCCUCAGGCCCACCUCCGGGCGUGGGUCAACCGAUCAGUGACAAGAAAGUUGAGCUCGAAUCGAGCGACGCGAGCGACCCGGCCAAGCCCAAGGCUUACCCAAAACCUUCCGCUCCCGAAGAGCAGCGCGGACCGCCAACCGCUGACGCGGACGACCUCGCCGGGCGAUUCGCCGCGUUAAAAAAAGGCCCGUGACCAGAGACAGUACCGUGUAAAACGAUUAGAGCAUUAUUUCCACU